AUGCCGCCCCGGACCCACCCACAAGGCAAACUCCUGUCGGGCAGGAAACAGCAGGCUGUCAUUCGGCAGCAGAGCAGCGCAGAGGGAUCACUGAACAAGUCCCCAGAGUUCCAAAGAAACAAAGAGGACUUUCCUGCUUCUCUAGACAAACUACAGCAGCUGAUAGAAGACAAAGUUCACAUCCUACAAUCCCCCUUCACUGAGGAGCAACAGGGUUCGGCACUGUGGAGAUUUGCUGUUGUGAGUGAGGAGCUGACAUUUCACCUCCAGCAGCUGCAGAGACAGACAGAGCAGGAGCUCAGCAGCAUACACGCACAACUCUUGCAGAUUGAAGGCCGCCAGCAGCUGCUGACCGCUGAGCUCUUUAUUCUUCAGGAGAAGAAGAAACGGAUCGAACAGGAGCUGAAGAGGAACUCCAGCCUUCAGACUUCCACUUUUCAGCUGUGUGCUUGUCGGGAGCUUCAGGCCUCCGUCACUGAGCGUUUGCUCCAAUCAGAGAGGUUGGUGUUCCAGGAGGAGGCACUGAGCGCGCUCCGUAACCUGCUGACCCAAGACCUGCAGAGGUACCGGGAAGAGACGCGGAAACUGAGCUGUUUCACACAAAAAAUACUCGCACAAUCUCACAGAGAGGAAACGCCCCCCAGCAGACCGAUUGACAGCAGCAUGCAGGGAAAGAACGAGACGGAGCAAGAAAACAACAUGCAUGCGCCCAAGCCUUCUUCCCUACAAUCGCCAUUUAGUCCUCACCAGACCACCAAUGAAGAAGAGGCAGAGCAGGCCUGGAGGGCCAGUCAUAAAAAAGGCCUGUCCCGCAAAACAAACCUGCACCGAGCUGGCAGCGUCAAAGAACUGAUCACUAAAUUCUCCGGUCCAGAUCACGUCUCUCCCUCCGGUUCCCCACAGAGUCCCUCGCCUGGAACAGAACAAGUCCCAAAGUUCGCUCCAGCAGAGGCUCUCGAAUCUCCGAAGUCCAAGUCGAGUCCUUCCACUUCCACACCGGGCAGCAUCGGACAAGACGAGGAUGCUGUUCCCAGCAUCACUGUGACCCCUCCGUUCAGGGAAACCCAGGUUGUGGCACAAUCGGCUCAGAGAGGCACCAAUACCAGUACGAUCACUGCGAGAAUAGAUUGUCCAGUAGGAGGCAGCGCUGAGAAGAAGGACUCAGAACCGAGGAGACAAACUCAAACCACAGAGUCUGGUAGAGACUCAGUGGCUGACUCCGGCAUGGGAUCGGAGUCUGAAUUGGAUUUGAACAAGCAGUCGGACAGUCUGUCAGAGGAGGAGCCCACCACACCCCGGGCCGUGCCAACCAGCCAGAACCCCAAAUAUCAGCUGUUCCUCAACAACGAGCACAGGACCAACGGGUUGAGUGGCAGGGAUUCAGAUGGUCCAGGAGUCGGCGGGAUGGUGGGGGAGAACAGCCCCAGGAUGUCCCGAUGGGAGACCAACCGGCUGGGGACGAACCACUACAAAGGGUCCCUGGAGUCCCUGGCCUCGCGGGACUGGGACACUAUGCCUGACAGGUGUGGUGUUGUUGACAGCCCCCCCAGGGUGUUCAACAGUCCGUACGCGACGACGUCCUCCGUAGAUUACAACCCCAUGCACCGAAUGUCGGAGUUCAAGUGGGUACCCCGUCGUCAACUCCCCCGACCCCGUUUCUCCGCCUACGACACUCUGCUGAGGAGGAGGGGCGAGGUCAACACCACUCAGCAACAGUUGGCCCCCACCACCCACUACAGUAUGCGCUCUGCCACUCUGGGAGCGCCCAAUAAAAAGAACUUCAUAGAGGAGCUGACCAAACAGAUGGACGCCUGCCAGAAGCGUAACCAGUUUCUAGAGGCAGAGAGUGUGGAGAUGGAGAAGGAGAGGAACCAGAUAAGGUUUGAGAUGCGCGGCCUGCUGGUGAACAACGAAGACCUGCUGAGGACCAACGCUCAGCUGACCAAUGAGAUGAAGAGGAUGAGAGAGCAGAUGAUAGAGAUGGAGAGGGAGAACCAAUCCACUGGCGAGAAAUACAGGGAGAUGGAGAUUGAGGUGAAGCAGGCCCGGGACAUGAUGGUGGAGGCCAACACUCAGGAGUACGCCUUCAGUUUUCUCCAGCAGUCCCUCAAAAACAAGAUCCAUGAUGCUGAGGAGAACCUGGAGAAGCAGACGCAGCACGCCAAGACGCUGUCUGAGAAGUUGUGGCUGGCAGAGAGACAGCUGGAGGAGCUGGAGGUGGUCAAAGACACCAGAGACAAGAGGACGUCUGAACUGAACAGCACCAUCCUCAGGCUGGAGUCAGAGCUGGGCGAGGCCCUGCUGGUGUCCACGCAGGCCUCAGCUGAACUGAACCUGCAGCACAAGCUGCGUGAAGACAGCCAGCUGAGGGUGGAGGAGCUGGAGGAGUCUCUGCUGGAGAAGGACCAGGAGAUGCAGCGACUGCAGACCAUCGUCGGCAGACUGCAGGGAGAGGUCUCUGGUAAGCUGAUUGAUAAGGAGCAGACGCUGGAGGAGGAGAUCCAGCUGAGGGAGAGGAUACAGCUGCAGUGUAAACAGGCGGAGAGGACAGUGGAAGACCUCCAAAUGGAGCUGCAGAGCACCAACCAGUCCAGAGAGGAGCUGGCCAAACAAGUCAAACUGGCUCAGGAGAAGAUGAUCGACCUGGAGAGUGAUCUGGAGGAGCUGCAUGACAGCGAGCUGAGAUGGGCCAGCAAACACAAGAGAGCUAUUGAGCAGAUAGAGCAGCUGCAGCAGAAGUUGAUCCAGGAGAAGGAUCUGAACGACCAGCUGGAGACUGAGAAGUCCGCAAUGGAGAGACAGCUGCGUGAGCUGCGUCUGGAGGUGGAGGAGCUUCAGAGCUCCAGAGUUCAGGAGGACGUCAUCUCCAGAGCGGAGAGCAGAGUCAAAGAGCUGGAGAACACUCUGAGGACAGAGGAGAGGAACAAGUCUGUCCUGACGAACACCAUCACUAAACUGGAGAGGAGGAUUAACGAGCUGAGCGAUCAGAUGGAAGAGGAACACAGGAUAGCUACUGAGCAGAAAGACCUGAUGACCCAGAGGAUGCGUUCUCUGAAGCGUCAGCUGAACGAGGUGGAGGAGGAGGCGAGCAGGAAGGAGGCGCAGUACCGCCACACCCAGAGAGAGCUGACCGAGGAGAGGGAGACGAGCGGCCGGCUGCAGAGGCAGCUGCUCGACCAACACCUGCAGACAAAGCGUAAGGAGACCCUGACGAUCCGUCAGACUCUGGAUAACCUGAGGUUGGACCUGAGCGUCGACGACGAGGACGAGGACCAACUGCCUGAGCAGCAAACAAACAAUGUCACCAAAGUCUAAACCCUCACACUCCACACAUUCCCUCAAUACAGAUCAGGGCAUAACAAGCUACUUCUAUAAACUGACAGGGCGUCAGUGAGGUGACAUGUGACCUUUUUCUAAAACGGCCCCUGCCACAUAUUUACAGUCAUCUGGGAGGCGUCUGCAGGUUGCACGCAAUCCAUUCUUCAAAAAAAAAUGUGAUUGUGUGAUCAAACCCAAAAUUCCUUCAGGAUAUUUUCAUUUUGCACUCCUGUGUUAUGUUGAAUGUUAAUUAACACUGAUCUUGUUAUUUUUCCAAAAUCUCCUUGAACAUGUCCUAAAAAGGGACUGUAAUCUGGUAUUAAAACAGAGAAAAGUAAUUAAUUUCCCUAUAAAUAUUUGGAAUGUUUGCAUGUUUUGACAUUUUUAUAUGCACUGACUAAAAAAACGAUUAAUUGAAAUUAUUUGCAAGCUUACCAAUUGAACUCUGUGUCUACAGUAUAUCAAAUUACAUUGUUUUUUGCAGACAACUUCUCAAGAAACUCUUAGGAAAUUACAGACCCUACAUAUAUAUCGACCUCUUCUGGUGACCGGCAGGAAUUGCAACAGUAAACUGUUUUUACCUUAAAAAAAAUAAAAAAAAAAAAAAAAAGUACCAAAGAGCAGUGAAGUGAGAAACUCCUGGUGGACUCACAGCUUCGCUGUCAGAGUGACAGACACAUCGAUACACUCACGAACGAUGAAGUCAGAUGCCUCUUUUGACAUGUUAAACAUCACCUUUUCUUCAUUUCUAUUACAUAGAAUAUUAAACAUAAUCGUGGUUUGCUUGUUUGCCAAAGGAAAUAAAUGUACAGGCGCAUGGUGCAGAGAGAUUGUGACAUGCAUAGAGGGAAAAUUAACAAGGUUUAUAAAGGUGCCUUGUAGUUUUGAAACUUUACGUUUUAUUUUUCUUGUAGAUGCUGUUAAAAUAAGCUUUAAACAGCCUGAAGUGAAUGUUCUACCAGUUCUACCAGUUACACAAAAGCAUCAUGGCCUUUAAGUCUAAACGGCGACUUUUGACUCUGGCAGACUAAAGGUCGCUGGUGUUUUGAGAAUAGGACUCAUUUUAAUUUGUCUUUUAAUUUUUAGAAAGGAAGGUGCAUAUUCAAAGACUCAGUGGUUCCUUGUAUAUUUGACAAAUUUUGCAACGUUAAUUUGGUGGGGCUUUGCUGACAGUUCUUUUGUAAGGAGGUUUGUCCAUGUUAGUAUUGGAACACAUACCAUGCUGGCACACAACAUGCUGUAACUGCAGAGGGAUCUUUGGAUGUGAUUGUAGCUUUUUUUGUUUCACACACAGAAACAAUUAUUUAUAUUGAACAGUUUUUUUUUCCAUGUUUAUGUUUUUAUGAUUCAAAGAUAAUUGAAUUUUCUGUACAUGCAAUUGCUCGCAGGGCAAAACAUAAUUUUAGAGAAUUAAAUGUAUAUUUUAGAGUUUUACAGUUUUGGGGUAUUUUAGGUUUUUUAUGGGGAUUGCUGCUGUAUUGAUAUAACUUCCUGUGCCACCCACAUACAGUAUCUGUUCAUGGGAUAAGAUUUAAGAAAUACGAUUUUUAUUGUCAGUAAAUAAGAAAAAGAAAGAUAAUCUCACAUCACAAUUUGCGUUGAUCUUGAUCUUUGUUAUUUGGAUUUUAUCAAAAUUAACUCAAAUCCGAAAAAAAGUAAUGUUCAAUGAAAAAAAAAGUUUUUAAAUGUUUAAAAGUGCAACUGCUGAGUGUUUAAACUCUCAGAAGUCGGAUUAAUGUCUUAAUAAUUUUGAUCCAAGAUGUGUGUGAAUGCAAAGUGAGAAAGAGAUAAUAAUAAUAAUAAUAAUAAUACAAAUAAUAAUAGAAUGUUUAGAAACCCAUUUAUAUGCCAUUAGGUGUUCUGUAUGCUGAUAUUUUGGAGGAAAAAAUAGAAAACUAAGCAUAUGGACAGAAACAUACAUGACUGGGUUGUUAAAUUCAAAACAAAUAUAGACUAUGUCCCAAAAGUUAAUCAGUACUAAAAUAAUUACGAUUGAGUUGUGAGGAAAUUAAACCCAGCCGUGUUCCAACAGUCCUCUGCAUGUUCCCUGCUUGAAGGCCGUCUGUCAAGCACAUGAAGCUAUUACAGUUUGGAUUUUUUGUUAUGUUUACAUUUGUUGGUGUAUCUUGCUUUUUUGAAAAUGGGAACAUAACUUGCAUUAAAGAGUUUCAUAUUUCAGCUGUUGGGAAUGUGCGCUAAAAAUUUUUUGGUUUAUCAUUUUCGUAACAAAAAGCGAUCGUGUCUACAGAUAUGUAAAAACAUAGAUUUCAUAUUCUUAUUUUUGUAAGUACACUCCACAUUAUACUGGUUCUACUGUUUUGGGGUAUUUAUUUUUCACAUUCUCUCUUUUGGUGAGAAGUUUCU